AUGUUACCGCCUACACCGGAGGUUGAGAUAGCCGACCCAUUUGCCACCGCUUGGUGCUCCGAUCCGUCUCCGUGCCGGCAAAAGAACAACGGCGAACACUCUUUCCCAACGCCGCUCGUGGCCGACCUCCUAUCCCGUCCCGAGAACAGGGCCCAAACCAUCCUCAUCACGAGCUGUGCGGUGGAGAAUGCCUCUUCGGCCGGGUCCUGCACCCGCUCAUCUGACGAGGAGGAGGUGGCGGCUGCCAAGGCCGUUGAGGUUACGGCGGCCAUGACUGACCGACUCUUUAUCCCAAUCUACAUCUUGUGCAGAGAAGAUGAGAACAUGCGGCGGGUGCAGAGCGUGGAGAGGCGGUACAGCGGCUCCGGGCUCGGGAUGGGCUUCAGUGGACGAAGCCCCAAAGUAGAAAGCGCGGGCGCCGCCAAGGAGUUGACGCGCGGGAGGAGGCUCUUUGCUUUCGAGGGGAAGAAGGGAUUAGAGGUCGACGUGAGCGACAUGGAGGCUCACGAGGCCGCCGUGGAGAUUUUGGGGUUCAUCCACACAAGGAUGGAGGAGUGGAGAAGGGAAGCGGCGGCGGAAGCUCGCUAA